AUGGAGAUCCUCUCAUCUUCACCUCCACAAACCCUAAAAUCGACCGCAAAAUCUCACUACUCAAUCCCAUUACCCAGAUGCAACCCACGAUUCGCCGGGUUCUCGUCUACGGUGGUUGUUUUCCUCCUAUUCUUCGCCGGCGCUGGUGCCGUGGGAAUCUCGUACACCGAUCAUUGCGGCGACGUGGUGUCAGACACGCCGUUGCUUCCGGACUCUAAUCCUCCACUCGUCGGCCGCGACUUUCUCUCCCUUCAGCGCGCCUACGUUGGCUGCAGCGUCAACAUUACAGACAAGGAUGUUUGUGCGGUCCCCAGGUUCCUCUCCUUCUUCACUGAGAAAGCAUAUAGAACCGAGAAGGAUACCAUCUUCAAAAUCGAUGCGGUGCUGAACCUGAGACGUGUGCGGGGUCCUUCUCAUCACUCGCGCCGGGGACUGCGCCUAGUGCAUGUCCGGCCGCCUAAGAUUCCGUUGACGUCGGGCGGCCUGCGGUACAUGAGCGGCUUUUGGGAUUGGAGCUCUGGGAAGCUCUGCAUGAUUGGGUCCGGUAACCGAGAUUCUAAUCGUGUUGUUUUGAAGCUUGAUUAUUUGAAUUCUUCUAGUAUAUUCACCAGUCUGGUUAAUGGGACGCUGGAGAUUUUAGAUGCUAGUUCCGGAAAUCUUUCUGAACCCAGAUCGAUAUCGAUACUUGGUGUGAACACGAGGAAUUAUAAGUAUGAGUUGAUUGAUAAGGAAAUCAAAACUACUGUUUUCUCAUCGUUGAAUGAUACUUCGAGUGUCUCUUUAGGACUGGAGGAUCUGGGGCAGAAGCCAUGCUCUUACCUAAUAUCUGCACGGAAGUUCGAAUUGGAGUAUGAGAAUGCCUGCAGUGGCGUGAACUGCAAUUUCCUUGGGAGAGGAAAUAACAGUUUCAUGCCCAGUGUGAUGUACCUGAACGUAAUCGAGUGUUUGGAUGACGGUCGAGUGAGGUUCUUGUUGAAGUUUGAAGAUUUCGGUGUUAGCGGAUAUCAUGUGCUACUGGAACCAAAUGCGACCUUGGUUAGUGAAGGGAAAUGGGACCCAAAACAAAAGAGGCUCAACAUGGUUGGCUGCCGAAUUUUUAGUGAUUGGGAUGAGGGUUUUGUAGGGGAGUGUUUGAUCAGAUUAAGUUUGAGAUUUCCAGCUCGGUGGACAUUGAGAGAAAGGAGCACUGUAGUUGGGGAACUUUGGAGCAGUAGAAGUGUUAAUGAGACGGGCUAUUUUGAACGGGUGACGCUGACAAGCUUAAGUAAUUCACAUGUAAAAGCACCUGGUUUGAGGUACGAGUACACGGAGAUUGAGAAUACCAAGAGAUCCUGUGCAAACAAGACAACUCAGAAAACAGGGAAAAAAAUUUACCCUAAUGCAACAUCUUCUAAUAUGCGUUUUGACGUGAUUGUCAGAAGUAAGAAAGUGCCCGAUCUUUUUGGUUACUCAUCCCCUGUUUACGUGGGCAGUCAGCUUUACAUGUUUCCCCCCAUGUACAGAAUGGAACAGCAAAACCCUGGUCAUAUGGUUAACAUAAGCUAUAUUCUAACCUUCAAGGCAGAGCAAGAUUUCAAGAUCAGCAAUGAGCACAAACAAAUCAGAUCAAUUGAAAUCUCGGCAGAAGGAAGUUAUGACCCUGAAAAUGGGCACCUCUGCAUGAUCGGGUGUAUGAGUGUUGUGCCACCUAAAGUGAGAGUAAGGGGGAACUCGUCCCUGGAUUGUGAAAUUCUGAUUGACUUGUGGUAUCCCCCGGAGAAUGGAAACGAUGGACAUGGUGUGAAAGGAAAUAUUAAAAGCACACGAGAUAAAUCCGACCGUCUUUACUUCGAACCUCUAGAAGUUUUUUCGCUUUCGGCACCCAAAGACUCCAUAUGGAGGAUGGAUAUGGAGAUCACCAUGGUCCUUGUUUCCAACACGCUUUUGUGCAUUUUUGCGGGUCUGCAAAUAGUGCAUGUCAAAAGGCAUGCAAAUGUGCUGCCCUUUGUUUCAGUCGUCAUGCUUGUUGUUCUCACUCUAGGACAUCUUGUCCCUCUGUUAUUGAAUUUUGAAGCUGUCUUCACAAGGGGCCGCAAAAGUUUUGAUGUUUACUUAGGUGGGGACGAGUGGGUUGAAGUUAACGAGGUACUAGUGAGGGUAAUUACCAUGGUAGCCUUCUUACUGGAAUUUCGUCUUCUCCAAAUGACCUGGUCCGCAAGGUCAACCAACGAAAGCCAGAAAAAUCCAUGGACACAUGAAAAGAAAGUUUUAUAUCUUUUGGCACCUUUAUAUAUUGGUGGCGGCUUGAUUGCGUGGCUUGUCCACCAGUCAAGAAACCCGAGCAGAAGGCCACCGUUUGUAGGUCUGCAUUAUAGUCUGCAUUAUAGGGUGAAGCAGCCACAAUCCUUAUGGGGCGACUUGAAAUCGUAUGGUGGGUUGGUAUUGGAUGCCUUUUUGCUGCCUCAGGUUGUGUUCAACAUAUUUUUUGACUCAAAAGAGAAGGCUCUUGUCCCUUCCUUUUAUGUUGGGACCAGUCUUGUUCGUUUGCUUCCGCAUGUGUAUGACCUUUACUGGUCUCAUAAUCAUACCCGGUCGUUUGGUUACAUUUACGCAAACCCUGGACUGGACUACUAUUCGACUGCGUGGGAUAUUAUCAUAUCUGUUGAGGCUUCUCUAUUGGUUGUUCUGAUUUACUUGCAGCAAAGGUAUGGAGGGAAAUGCAUUUUAGUAAGGAGAUUCUGGCAGAGUUCAGCUUAUGAGAAAGUGCCUGUUGCCGGCCCUGAAUGA